AUGGCAAAUCUUACCAAACGUGAAUUUGUAGCUUUAGAUAUAUCCGGCAAUACCUAUAUGUCUUGGAUUCUUGACGCCGAAAUUCACCUUAAUGCGAUGGGUCUGGCAGACACCAUCAAAGAUAAAAAUGAGGCAUCAAACCAAGACCGUGCCAAGGCAAUGAUAUUCCUUCGCCAUCACCUUGAUGAGGACUUGAAAAUGGAAUAUCUCACUGUUAAAGAUCCUCUUACUCUAUGGAAUAAUUUAAAAGAUAGAUAUGACCACCUGAAGAUGGUCAUACUUCCACAAGCACGUUUUGAUUGGCUCCAUUUAAGGCUACAAGAUUUUAAAUCUAUUAAAGCAUAUAAUUCUGCCAUGUUUAAAAUUAUUUCUCAGUUGAAAUUAUGCGGUGAAAAUAUCACUGAUCAUGAUAUGCUAGAGAAAACAUUUUCCACUUUUCCUGCCUCGAGUAUGCUCCUGCAGCAGCAAUACCGAGAAAUGAAGUUCAAGAAAUAUUCUGAUCUAAUCGCACAUCUUCUAGUGGCUGAACAACAUAAUGAAUUAUUAAUGAAAAAUCAUGAAAGCCGACCCACUGGUACUGCCCCAUUCCCUGAAGUGAAUGAGGCAAAUUUUCGCCAUUCUAGGCGUGGAAGAGGUCGUGGCCCCAGUCGUGGUCAUGGCCGUGGUCAAGGAAGAAAUUUUAAUCAUGAUUCUCGUCUUGCACCAAAUAAUACCCUUCACCACCAGCAGUGUAAAAGGAAGGAUGAAAAGUAUGAAACUGGGCAAAAGAAAAAUUCAGAAAAUAAAUGCUUCCGAUGUGGAGGAAAGGGGCACUGGUCACGUACUUGUCGUACGCCAAAGCACCUAAUUAUGCUGUAUCAAGCUUCUCUCAAAAGGGCAGAAAAAGAUGCCGAAACAAAUUUUAUUUCUGAAGAUAAUGUUGAGCCCAUGCAUCUAGAUGUGGCAGAUUUCUUUGAACUCCCUGAAGAAAAAAUAGAUCAUUUGAUCGGUGAUGGAUCUGUAAAAACUUAG